AUGAAAACCUGCUCAUUUCGUGGUGCUCUGCCACGAUCACUUGAUGAAGGUUUAUUUUGUAAGUCUCAUUUACCUGCCGUACUCUAUGCAUUACAACCAUGUGACCAAAUGAGUUGUCCAGUUUGUGAAACACCAUCUACAACUGUUCACUUUAAUUCAUACAGAGCUCAUCGAUUUGUGAAUCAUUACUACGCUAUAUUGAACCAUCCAGCUAAUUGCCAGACGCAGAAUAUUAUUUAUGCGUUAACUUGUCCAUGUGGUAAUUAUGAUUUCAUCGGAUCGACAACGUCUAAUAUCACUGAAGUAAUUCAAUGUAUACGUGAGAAAGGUAAUCACUUUAUUCACAAUUCAUUGUUAGCAGCAACAUCAUUUCAUAAUGCUCUGUACGAUACAAAUCAUUUUCUUUCGAAUGAGAAGGAAAAAUUUCGUUUAUAUUUGCAUUCAUCACGUUGUACAAAAGCGCUUCAAUUAUUCUUAAAUAUGAAUUCGCAAUAUGAUUGUUUUGUUCCAAUGACAUAUGAAGAACCGAUGGUGGAUGACGAAGAUAAUGCUGAAGAAGUAUCAUUCAUGGAGGCAAACGUACAAUUGUUAGUCGAGCAUGUUCCAGUACCACCCAACGGCUAUACUUUCUCUAAUAAACAACGGCAAAAACAACAACAAUUUUUUCAAAAGUUAAGUUCAAAUGGAAAUUCUGGAAGACUAUGGUCGCCGAUAGAUCUUUAUCAUGCUGCAGUAAUUGCGGUUCUACCCGAAAAUUGUUCCAGUUUACUGCGAGAAGUAAUCGAGUGUCUGCUUGUCACUUAUGCUGAAAUAAAAUUAAACAUGUUCAAUUUACGUACAACAGACAUUCAACAAUUAUAUGGACCUCCCUAUGAGGGAAUUUGGUGUGAAGGUGUAAAACAACCAUUUUUACAUGCGCCUUAG